AUGCUCAGCAAGGAAGAGCUCAUCCUCAUUACCGGAGGCCACGGCUUCAUCGGGGGUCACAUUUCCCGGAGGCUCGUGGGCCUCGGCUAUCGCCUCCGGGUGGUAGACAUCGUCCCCGAACCUCCUUUCAACGCACCCCGCGUCGGCGAGGUAGUCAUAGGCAACCUGUGCGACCCCACAUUCGCUGCUCGAGUCGUUCAAGGCGUGGGUUACGUGCUCCAUUUCGCCGCGACGAUGGGCGGAAUGGGGACGAUCCACGCCUCGAACGACUUCAUCAUCUACCGAGAGAACCAUCUCAUGACCGUCAACCUCGUCGACGCCUGCACUGCAGCGGGCGUCCGGGGAUUCUUCUAUGCGUCCUCCGCUUGUGUCUACCCGGAGUCUCUCCAGAUUCCCGGUUCAGACGUCUCCCUAGCGGAGUCCGACGUAUGGAAGAACCCCCCUCCGCGCCCUCAGGGCCUCUACGGACUCGAGAAGCUCGCAAGCGAGCUGGUCCUCGAGCAGCACCGAUCCCACAUGGAGGUCAGGAUCGCCCGCUUCCACAACGUAUUCGGACCGCUCGGGUCCUGGUACGGCGGACGCGAGAAGGUCCCGGCCGCGUUCCUCCGCAAGGCGUUCGCGGUACGGCUCUCCGAAGCCAUGGCUACCACGUUCGAGGUGUGGGGGGACGGCUCGCAGAGACGGAGCUUCUGCUUCAUCGACGACGCGGUUGAAGCGGUGCUCCGUCUCUUGGGGUCAGACUGCAACGAGCCCGUCAACGUGGGCUCGGAUCAGGCUGUCUCCAUCCAGCAGCUCGCUAACAUGGCCCUCGCGGUCGCCGGGGUCGAUCCGGCGAGCGUGUCGUUCGAGUACAAGACCGACAGACCGGUAGGCGUGGGGUCUCGGAACUCGAACAACGCGUUCGCCCGCUGGGGUCUUGGGUGGACGCCGGAGCAUUCCCUGGAGAAAGGGAUGCGUAUCACAGGCGAGUGGAUCCACUCACAAAUGGUUCAGAUGCUCUCUACGAUGGACGAUGCAGAGCGGCACAGGUUUCUCCGCCUCUCCCAGACCAGUGACAUGGUCGAUCUGCAGACUGACGCCAUCACUUUCGCCAUCCUCCUGCCAUGCGACUACUACGUCCUCAUGGGGGACGACGUGGUCCUACAAGACGCGAACUGGAUGUCCACCAUUCAUCACAAAUUCGGCGAGUUGGCGGAGAAAGAGCACGUACCGCAUGGUAUUGGGUGCGUCGCGUUCACAGACACCUCCUUCCCCGGAAUGCCCACCUUCCCCGCCAUCCACCGCACCCACAUGGAUAUCUUCGGUGGGCAAGUCGUACCGGACUGCUUCACGAACCAGGACGGAGAUCCCUUCCUCUUCCAGCUCUACCGUCGGUGGGGGUGUGCGUCCAUGAUCGCGUCGCGCAUCCACAACAAGCUCGGAGGGAGUGAGGCGGCGCGAUACGAGAAGGUACACGCUACAGGCUGGACGUUCCAGCCGCUAGACAAUGCCACGAAGGCCGUGGAAGACUGGCUUCGACGUCGAGCACCGGGACUCGAGCGGAAGCUUGCCCUGGACGUCGUAGUGCCAUGCUAUCGCGUCGACAUGCGCCCUCUCGACAGAUUCCUUGCACUUCAGCAAUCGCCGACGUUGGCCGUCAUGUUCAUCAUUAUCGUCGACGACCCCAACUCUCCCCGGAUCGGAGACUUGACCCAGAAGUAUGGCAGCCGCCCGGACGUCCGCAUCCGGGUUAACGCGCAGAACCUUGGAGCCUCCGCAUCCCGCAACCGCGGUCUUCUGGAGUCAGCUGCAGAGUGGGUCGUCUUCCUGGACGACGAUGUGUUGCCAGACGACAGCCUCCUCCUGGAAGCCGAGAAAGCCAUUCGUGCGCAUCCAAAGGCGGUGGGUUUCGUCGGGAACGCACAGUUUCCUAUCGCAGACUCCGUCUUCACCGCUGCAGUCCACCUAGCAGGAGUCACGUACUUCUGGGACAUCGCGGAGAAGAUUAAAGAGGACGUACCCUGGGGCGUGACGGCGAACCUCAUCGCUCGCCGCAAUGUGCCUGACGAUGUGCAAUACGACCUGCAGUUUCCGAAGACGGGAGGUGGAGAGGACAUCGAUUACUGCCGCAAGAAGAGGGCCUACUCGCUGAAACACGGAGGCGAGGGUUUCUGGGGCGCCCCGGCGGUCAAAGUCACCCAUCCGUGGUGGAACGGCGGUCGUCGGUCCUACUGGCGAUUCUACAUGUGGUCGAAGGGCGACGGCGGACUCAUCAGGCUAUACCCCGAGUAUUCUUACCGCGACGCGUUGCCGAACGCUGCGGAGUGCUUGCUGCUGUGCGGGGUGCUACUCGCUGCUGGGUGCGGUAUCGCUCUUCUCGACGCGUCCCUCGGGCUUCGAGUCGCAUAUCUGGCAUUCUUGAUGGUGUUGUCAGUGGUCAUCGCAGCCGUCACGCACGACCUAGCCCGUCACCUCGUACUGCAUCCCGAGCGAGUACGAAGGAUGAAGACCACCGUCUCGGGAGCUCUGUGGGUGAUCGCCAUCACGGAGGGGACCCUGCUACGAGUCUUUUCGGAAUGGGGAAGGGUGGUUGGCAUCCUGGAGCGCGGUGAGUACGGCAUGCUGCUGAAGAGAUUUGAUUGGUUUUGUGGUAGAUGGGGCGACGGACCGAAGGGGGAAGAGUUGAGGAACAACAAAAUAAGGCUGGUUUUGGCUGUGGCGAUUUUCGGAGUUCUGGUAGCAUUCGUUCGCGUGUAA